UUUGCCCAGUGCCGCCGCCUAGGAGUGACGUUGAAUCCGAGUAGAUUACACGUAUUACCGGUAGCUGGGAGGCACAAUUAGAACGAACACAACAAUCCGAAGAAACGGUGUAGUGGUAGCGGGGGCGUCGGUAUGAGAGCAGGAGGGCGGCCGGCGGGGCCUGGUGGCUAAGAGCCGGAUUUCACUUUUCUACCUGGCCGCGCCGACGAAGCGGAGACCGCCGAGCCGCCCUAAGAUCACCGACAUGGCCUGGGUCCUGAAGAUGGAGGACGCGGCUAUCGAGUCUGGUCUGGUGCACGACUUCGACGCUAGCCUCUCCGGUAUUGGGCAGGAGCUGGGGGCUGGGGCCUAUAGCAUGAGUGAUGUCCUGGCUCUGCCAAUAUUCAAACAAGAAGACUCCGCUCUGACCCUAAACAGUGAGACCAAAAACCCCCCCUUUCAAUAUGUUUUGUGUGCCUCCACAUCACCAGCUGUCAAACUGCACGAGGAGACCCUCACCUACCUGAAUCAAGGUCAGUCUUAUGAAAUUCGAAUGUUGGACAACAGGAAAAUGGAGGAGCUGCCAGAAAUAAACAACAAAACUGUGAAGAGUAUUAUUAGAGUGGUAUUCCAUGACCGUAGGCUGCAGUAUACAGAGCAUCAGCAGUUGGAGGGAUGGAAAUGGAAUCGCCCCGGUGACAGGCUCCUGGAUAUUGAUAUCCCAAUGUCUGUAGGAAUAAUCGACCCAAAAACAAAUCCAGCACAACUUAAUGCAGCAGAAUUUCUUUGGGACAUUACAAAGCGUACUUCUGUUUUUGUACAGGUCCAUUGUAUCAGUACAGAAUUCACUCCCCGGAAACAUGGAGGUGAAAAAGGGGUGCCUUUUAGGAUUCAGGUUGACACUUACAAGCAGAAUGAGAACGGGGAGCACACUGAGCAUUUGCACUCUGCCAGCUGCCAGAUCAAGGUCUUCAAGCCAAAAGGAGCAGACAGGAAACAGAAGACGGACCGAGAGAAGAUGGAGAAAAGAACUGCACAGGAAAAAGAGAAAUAUCAGCCAUCAUAUGACACAACCAUCCUAACUGAGAUGAGGCUUGAGCCUAUAAUAGAAGAGGCAGUUGAACAUGAGCAGAAAAAGUCCAGCAAGCGGACUUUGCCAGCAGACUGCGGUGAUUGUCUGGCAAAGCGAGGCAGUUGUUCUCCAUGGCCAGAAAAUGCAUAUGUGAACAACAGCUCCACAGCAAGUCCAGCCUUUACUACAUCAGCAAACAACAGUUACACAUUGCCAGACAGCAAUUCCUCUUCACCAAACCAUCAGGUGGAUGCCGUCACUCAAGCCACACUAGAUCAACUCAGCCCCACUGCUUCAAUACAAGAGGCGCAGCAGUGGCUUCACAAAAACAGAUUUGCUUCCUACGCAAGAUUGUUUUCUAACUUCUCAGGUUCAGAUUUACUCAAACUGACACGAGAUGACCUGGUGCAGAUUUGUGGUCCAGCAGAUGGAAUUCGCCUCUGCAAUGCACUUAAAUCAAGGACAGUUAGGCCACGGCUAACUAUCUAUGUCUGCCAGGAAAGCACACCAACUAAAAAUGUUGCACAUCUGAAAGGUACAGGAGACGUUGAAAAUGGAGAACAUGGCAGCAACAAUAUUUACGUGUAUCAUGCCGUCUAUCUGGAGGAGAUGAGUGCCUCAGAACUCACCAGGAAAAUCGCGUCCGUGUUCAACUUCUCCCAAAGUCAGAUCAACCAAGUUUACAAGCAGGGCCCGACUGGGAUACACAUAUUGGUCACUGAUCAGAUGGUUUUUAAUUUUCAAGAUGAGAGUUGCUUUGUCAUUGGCACCCUAAAAGCUGAGAGUGGAGAUGGCUACCAUGUCAUUAUAAAGUAAAAUCUGCUGCCAUGGAUGAAAUGGGAACCUGCAGCCCCCGUGAUUUCCUGUUUGGCCAAAGUGUUUCACAUUGCAGAGUCCCCAAAAACCAAUGGCUCUCCUUUCAGCAACAGCAGGGCAUGCACUGACCAGACCAUAGCAUGAGUGCUGAACUCCCGACUCUUAAAUCCGGCUGGGUCCGGUGCCAGUCUGGGUACCCACUCCCUCCCUCUCUCACACACUCACACACACACAUAUGUACGUAGAGAUGGACAGUGGCUGCAUAUUUUUGAUUUAUUUAUUUGUCCAAUUUAGCAGCUGAAAAAGGCUUGCAGGGGUGAGUGACUGGGCCUUGAUACUGGGAGUGGUGGAGUGUGGCUCGUUUCCAUCCUCUGUGCCAAAAGGGUGUCCGAGUUGAAAGCGGAUUUGCUUCUGCCUUAACUCGUGUCUGCAGUGGGUGGCACAUGCCACAGUCUGCCAGUCUGAUGCAUUAGGACUGUUCCACUUUACUGGGGUGUGUACAUUUCAGGGGGUUGGGUGCUUUCUCAUUCCCAUGUGCCGUAUUUCAAGCAGAAAAAAAUUGUUCAUGUUUUAGAUUUUUUU